AUGGACAAGGUUUUUGUAAAUCAGGUAGGAAGAAACAUGGAGGUAUAUGUGGAUGACAUGAUUGUUAAGACUGUCAAAGGGGGCGCCCAUCAUGAAGACUUGGCGGAGGCAUUUGCACAGAUCCGGAAGUACAAUAUGAGGUUGAAUCCAGAAAAAUGCUCCUUUGGAAUUUUAGGUGGCAAGUUUCUAGGAUUCAUGGUCACGUCAAGGGGGAUCGAGGUUAAUCCCGACAAAUGCAAAGCUAUAGUAAACAUGAAAAGCCCAUCUAAUAUUCGUGAAGUUCAGAGAUUAACAGGACGGUUGGCGGCCUUAUCUCGCCUUUUGCCAAAAGCAGGUGAUAGGGCAGCGACAUUCUUUGCGUGUUUGAAAAAGAAUACAACUUUUCAGUGGACAGGGGCGUGCGAGGAGGCCUUCCAGCAGCUUAAGGAGUUAUUAGCUUCACCCCCUAUGCUAGCUAGGCCAACGCCCAGGAUUCCUUUAAUUCUCUACUUGGCGGUCACCGAGGCGGCGGUUAGCACAGUCUUGCUUCAAGAAGAAAACAAGCAGUUUAAAAUCAUAUACUUUGUUAGUCACACACGGCAAGGGGCGGAAGCGCGUUACCUAAAAAUAGAAAAGGCAGCUCUAGCAAUACUAAAGACGGCCAGGCGACUUCGGCCAUACUUUCAGAGUUUCCAGAUAAAGGUCAAGACAGAUAUUCCCUUGAGGCAAGUUUUGCAAAAGCCUGAUUUGUCAGGGCGACUAGUGAGUUGGUCGGUCGAGCUGUCGGAAUAUGACAUUAGCUAUGAACCGAGAGGACAAGUCACGAUCCAGAGUCUGAUUGACUUUGUGGCGGAGUUAACACCCACAGAGGGUGACAAAGAAAAUGCAGAGUGGGUACUUUCGAUGGAUGGCUCGUCCAAUGAAUCAGGAAGUGGUGCAGGCGUGUCGAUUGAAAGUCCGGACAAAAUGCUGAUUGAGCAAUCACUUAAGUUUGGAUUCAGGGCGAGCAAUAAUCAGUCUGAGUAUGAAGCAUUAAUAGCAGGUUUGAGACUCGCCAUUGAAUUGGGAGUGCAAAAACUGUACAUAAAGGGCGACUCUCAGUUGGUAGUGAAGCAAGUACGCGGUGAAUAUCAAGUGAAGGAUGCACAAUUGUCCAAAUACCUAGAAAUUGUUCAAAGGCUUAUGCAGGCGAUUGGACAUGUAAGGAUCGAGCACAUACCAAGAAGUCAAAACGAGCGUGCGGAUGCAUUGGCUAAAUUAGCCAGCACUGGGCGCCUCGGAAACUAUCAAACUGUAAUACAAGAAGUGUUGCCUCAUCCAAGUACAGACAUGGUAGAGUUCAAAGUGGCGAAGGCUAUAGCAAAUGGAGAACCAUCUUGGAUGGAUCCAAUCAUUGAAUUUUUAAGUCAGCAACCGCAGGAUGAAAGCAAAAACACAAAGGAAAGAAGGCGCGAGGCUAGCUUUUAUACUUUGGUGGGUGGACAGCUGUAUAGGCGGGGAAUUAUGUCUCCAAUGCUUAAAUGCGUGGACACUGCUAAAUCUCAAGAAAUAAUGGCUGAGGUUCAUGAGGGAGUAUGCUCAAGACACAUUGGGGGGCAGUCUUUGGCCGUUAAAGUCCUUAGAGCGGGAUUCUAUUGGCCAACCGUCAAGAAAGAUUGCAUGGAGUAUGUGAAAAAGUGUUCAAAGUGUCAAGUUUUUGCCGAUUUACACAGGGCACCACCAGAGCAACUCACAACAAUGACCGCCCCAUGA